UCGGGGUGAGAUCCGCGUGGAGCACGGAGCGCUGCCAUUUUCCUCUUUGCAGUCAUGGGUACCUACCUGCUAACAACAUUCGCGUUGUUUGUGUUUUGUGCGUCCGUUUUAUUCCAUUGCAGCGCUGCAGUUCAAGACCAGUUAAAUGUUCGGACGGAAAACGGACUUGUGGAAGGGCAAAGGAUUACGUACAACAGCAAAGAAUUGGACGUAUUCUACGGCAUCCCAUACGCUAAACCACCCGUCGGUGACCUCAGGUUUGAAAAACCACAGCCGCCAACAUCGUGGACUGGAACUUUGAAAGCCACGCGUAAGCCAACUGCAUGUCGACAAAUCGAUCUAGUUUUUGCCGAGAACAUUACAUUUAGUUAUCAAAACUCAUCCGAAGACUGUCUGUACCUGAACGUCAUCAAGCCAGCGUGCUCAAAUGGGACGACCUGCGAAGGACGUCUGCCUGUCAUGGUUUUCAUUCACGGCGGGGCGUUUCAGUGGGGAGAUUCCAACUUAGUUUUCUACGAUGGAAGGAACUUCGUGGCUACAUCGGAUGUUAUAUUUGUAUCGUUCAACUACAGAGUUGGAGUGUUCGGCUUUUUGUCGACGGAAACUGAAGAACUUCCUGGCAAUCUAGGACUCUGGGAUCAAAACCUCGCACUGAAAUGGGUGAAGAACAACAUAGGUCACUUUGGGGGAGACCCAGAGGAGAUCACUCUAUGCGGACAAAGUGCAGGAGGAAUAUCCGUCGGCAUGCAUGCCCUUUCGGCUCACAGCAAAGGUCUGUUCAAGAGGAUUAUCAUGCAGAGUGGUACAGCGCUCUCAGGAAUACUGUCGCAAUCGUACAAAAGUGUAGGCAAAUUAGUGACCCUCGCAGGGUCGCUCGGCUGCUAUCAAAAUGAUAAGAGUUGGAACGAGCAGGUGUCAAACAUUUUGCACUGCCUAAAAUCUCUAGACGGAGGACAAAUCAUCGACGCAUUGAAAACCCAAAGGUACGCAGCCCAGAUAUUUGUGCCUGUGACCGGCGACGAUUUCCUCCCAGAUGAGCCGCGCAAGAUGGAUCCUCUCGUGGUGAGAUCUGCGCAAGUGUUUGCAGGGACCAACCCAAAUGAAGCGGCUUUGAUACUCAGAACCAUUCGCUACAUUCUGCCUGGGUUCCUGGAAGCCAUAACUUGGGAUUAUCGAACCGGCGUUGCUCUCGCUGCCAGUACACUUGCUGGUCUGUCUCUAAGUGAGAGCAGAAAAAUUGUUCACAGUUACUUCGGCGAUCAUGAUGUCAAACACAGCAAAAAACAAGUGAUAGAUACUAUUGCGGAAAUAAUUGGUGACGUCGUUUUCCAGUGUCCUACACAUUUCUAUCUGCUGGCUGCUUCAGCACAAGGAAUUGACUCAUAUAGGUACAUGUUUGCGCACAGGUCCUCUUACAGCCUAUGGCCCAAGUCAGUAGGUGUCACGCAUGCAGACGAGUUGCCAUACACAUUGGGUUCUUUGCCCCAUAUAAAAGAAAGACUGCAGACACUAUCCCCUGAGGAAGCCUACCUGGCGAAAUUAUUCGGUGUGUCCAAUUUUACCUACACGGCGGACGAAGACCACUUCAUGGGCGAGAUUAUUGGCAUCUGGAAGUCCUUCAUGCUUAAUGGUAAGCCGACAGUGCCCCUAUCAUCACAACAGUGGCCGAAGUACUCAGUGAGAAACCCUGAGAUGAUCUACUUACGGCCCCAAAAUUAUACCAAGGGUACUGCACCUCGGAGGGACCGUUGCAAGCUGUGGAAAAAGUUUCUUCUGAAGCAGAACGUCGAAGGUGGCCGCUCAGGAUCGAAAUCUUCGACAUCUCGAAAGACGAAGAAGCCAACGCAGCUGCAGAAGGCUUACAAGCCAUUGUACAGCACAAUUGCGUCGAAGGCUUCUCAGUAUCUCUCGUCUUCCUUCUUGUUAAUGUGUUUCUUCUUGAACGCGACACUUCUGAAGCUCUGUAUAACAUAAGAUGCGGCAUGGUCGUGUACUGUAACAGUGUAAAAAAGGUUUUCUUAAAUGGCGAAGGGAGCUUCACAGAAGAAAUAGGUCGAAAUCUCCUAUGACAGCGAACUGUAAUCGAUUAAUAUAAUUUCACUAUGAUCACCCCCAGCACUCGCGCAGUGGCAAUGGGACAGAUGUCAGCCUGGAUGGUAGACAAAAGACCCACAUCAUCACAUCUUUAUGUGUGCUUGACAGCGACGGAAGUCAUUGGUAAGGAAGCUAUCGCGAUACCAAGUGUAUUUGUGGGACAUAAUAUAUAUUAUAGAGGUAGAUAUUGUAAGCCUAUCGCAGUCCCGCGUACGGUAACCUACAAGCCUGUCUGUACAACUGUGCAUGCAUUGUAGCCUUGUUCAACCUACUAACUCUGGCGGCCCCUUAGAAUAUGUCACGUGCGAGUAAUAAGCGUCACAUGAACGCAAGCCCUUUCAUGAGAGGGCGACGAGAGCUGCAGUGAGACACGAGAACGCAACAACAGAGAACAACUACAAGGAACAGAGAGCUCAAAGGAAACACGACUUGUCUAUGUGGUCUGUCCAUGUUUUCUUCACGCUCGUUAAUCAUGUUUCAGGUGUCUUUUACCACAUUUAGCACAAUACGCGUGUUUUAAUGCGACAGGAAAAAAGAUACCUGCAGUUUAGGUCAAUCAGAGACAGAUCUGCGUGUACUGUCCAGCUAAAGAGCAUACCUACAGCAACCGUGCCUACGGCUAAGAGUGAUUCAGAAUUCAGAGUAUUUCAGAGACGGUGGGGUGGUCUGCUCGUUCUAACUGAACGUCAAGUGAGAUAACCUCCUGUGAUGGUGUGGACAGUUAAGCCUCACCAGGAGAAGAAACCAACAAUAUUUGCCAUUUUAAUGACGCAUGUGGACAUAAGAGGAACUACUUUUAUUGGCUAUUUCUGUCUGCCAUGUUGUAAAUUAUUUCCACACCCACUUUGAUGCC